GGGUCCCUCCCUGUGGUUCUGGGAAUUGAUCCCAAAAAACCCACAAAUUGCUGGAGGGGAGGAAGUGCUGGAAAUAAAUCCCAGGGGCUCCUCCUGGUCCCGUGGAUCCCGGGACCAUAAAAGGAUCCAAGGAGCUCCAGGAACCCAAACCCAUCCCAAGGAGGCACCAUGAGGGUUCUGGUUCUGCUGCCCCUCCUGGUCCUGCUCGGCUUCAGUUUCUGCUGCUGCAGAGCCGCCGACAGCUCCAGCACUGCCGAGGACCCUCCCGGCCCCGAGGCUUUCAUCUCCAGACGGGCCAGUGCCGAGGCGGUGCUGAGACAGAAGAGGAAUUACAUCCAGGAUGGCGGUACUUUCGGUACUGGUCCGGACCCUCUGGAAGUUCGGCGCGAGGUCUGUGAGCUGAACCCCUCCUGUGAUGAACUCGGGGACCGGAUCGGGUUCCCAGCCGCUUAUCAGCGAUUUUAUGGCCCCCUCUGAACCCCAAAAACCCCACUG